CCAAGAUUAAAAAUAUUUUAACAUCAUAUAUUUUUUUAAUGCUGUUUACUGGUUUAAUAAAAUCUUUUUGUGGAUUUCUUAUAUAUUGACGUAUAUUCAUGCAAAAUUUGUUAUUAGUAUUGUUGUUAAACAAUUAAGAUUAAUUUUGUUUUUGUUUCCCCAGUUUUUCCGUAACUGUUUGAUUUUUGAAAUGAAAAAUUCAAAAAAAUUUCGCAGUGUUUCAAACAUUUGAAAUAUCUUGAUAAUUGGAAACAGCAAAUUCUGUUAAUUAUUAUUAAUUAACUGUGCAGGUUAUUAUGAAUUAACUGUGCAAGAGCCAAAUGUAGUACCAAAACGCGCCAACCGAUGAGUGAGCUUCUUACUUUUAAGUAGUAAAAAACAAAAAUGAAAUCGGAAAAAUGUGUAUCAAAGUAAUUGAAGUAAGAUGUGAUUGGAAGGAAUUUUUCUCAGCUUGCUAAUAGUAUGUACCAAGCAUUAUUGAAGACAAAUGCAGGCGAUGAACUUAAAAAAAAUGUCUCUCAAUAUCAACAUGUGCUAUUAUAUAGACUACAUUCGAGAAAAAGACUCCUACUUUUGAAAGAUCUAAAAACGACUCUUUUAUCUUUCAAUCAGUUUUUUAACGGCAUUUAGAGGUUCACUUACGAUUUAGUCCGUAGAUAGUCUUAGUGGGAACGAACAACUUUGAAGUGUCAGUGUUUAAAAAAGCGCCAAUAUUUCGAUUGCCGGCUAUGUCAAAUCCAAUUGAUAGCCAACUCAAAAAUCUUUACAGACUAUCCCUCGAAGACAUUUCUCUAAGAAAAGUGGCUGUCCUUUUGGUUAGUGACCCUGUCAAGUAUAUGUCUUCCACUACUGUGGUUUAUAGAGAUGGCGAGGAAAGGUUAAAAUUAAAACAUGAACUGUUCAAAAGCAUUGUAGCCGAACUCUGUUUAGCAGAAUCGAUGAGGGAGCCGUUAGUUAAUCUACUGAAUCCUAUUUUUAUGGAAACAUAUAAAUGGCUGAAGUACCACGGGGAAUUUUUAAAAUCGGAGCAUUCAAGUUUUGACUGUCGAGAAUAUCUAAAACACUUGCAAUGGACUCAUAUAGGUACUGUAAAUUAUCGGAAAACAGCUGAGGCAAUGAUCCGCGAUGAAAAGUUGGACAUCGAUCGGCGAUUUAAAUUAGCUUGUCUGUAUUGCCUUGAUGAAGAUAUUCAAAACCUUUGGCAGAAAUUGUCCCCGCUGAGUAAAAAGCGUUUUUAUAACAAAGGGCGAUAUCCUAGAUGUUAUCUAACGGAAGAAAUCAUUAUUUUUUGGACUUGCAUCCUAAAAGGACGAGUAGAUAAGUUAGAAAACCUUCUUGCGCGACGGGUAGGAAACUACUCUUCUAUUUAUCAACAGGCUUUUGAAUAUUUUGCAAAUAGCGGUUAUGAAACAGCAACUCGAUAUUUCUUUGAAAAGUUAACUUGCGAGGAAAAAGAUGCAUCAUUGGUGAGAACGGCCAAAUCUGUAGCAGGAUGCGUGAAUCCCAGCUUUCAACCAUUCAAUGACGUUUUCUGUUAUUUGUUGUCAGAGAUGAAUACGGAACAGUUUCAGAACGUUCUCGAAAAUUCAUCCUAUGCGAUCCUUAGAAGCUUUCUGGAUUGGCCACGGCUAGAUGCUUUUUCCGAAGUUUCGCAGCUUGCAUUGCCCUACUUUGGUGAAGACGAUUAUGACCAGCUGCAUUUUUUUCUGUCCCAAAAAUUUAAAUACGUAUAUAAUUCUGCAAAACUUUUUCGGAAUCUUUUUCUCAUCACUCCUAAAGUUUUCAGACAUUCCACAUAUUAUUUAGAUGAUUUUUUUGAACGUAAAGAUACUGAAAUGAUCAAAUUUAUGUUUAGAAAUAUGGACCCUGAGGAAACAUUGGAACUUGUGUUGAGUGGUGAAGCACUGCACAAUUGUUACGAACAAAUGAGAAAAGGCAAGUUGGAUUUUGUGGAAUUUUUUAUUCGCGAAUCCAGACUGUCCAAAGAAGACAGAGAGAGAUUUUUGGUAGCAUUAAAUUUUUAUGCUCCAUCACUUUUUGAGCUGGACGUUGGUGCACAUUUCACUAAGCUGGUGAUCGAUAUUCCUUAACGGUACUUCUAAGUAUACGGUCUCGAUAACUGUACUUCUAACCGUGACUUCUCAAUUUGCAGUAAAGUAAAUUAGAUGAAUCCAAUGGAUUUUCAAGCAAGUAAGCAACCAGAUGAAGAACUAAUAGAAGGAAGGCCAGCCAAGAACAAUAAAAACAUUUAGGAAACAUAUGAUAAUAACUGGCAAGGAAUUUUAUGUUAUGUUCUUACCACAAAUUAUCAAGAUUUCGAAUCAGAAAACAUAAACAUUCCAAUUUCCGAUUGAGAAACCGCUUGUUUAUUAAUUUUCUUUGUAAAGUAUGUUUGUACAUUGUAACUGUAUGUUUGUUGUAUGAUAUCGCAAAAAAAAAAAAAAAAAAAAAAAAAACCUGCACAGUGUUAUAAAAAUGCUUCGUGAUAGUUUGCUCUUUUGGGAACUUUUUUUUUUCUUUCAAGAUUGUGAAUUCUAAAAUGGCAAUUGUUAAAAAAAAUCUAACGUUAAAAAAAGAAAAGAAUUGUAUCAUUAAAAAAUUGUUUUGCACCACAAAUUAUCUAGAUUGAUGGAAUUAAUUGACUUACAAUUUUCAUUUAACAAAUCAGCAAAAUUACGGCAUAAAAAUUUUUAGCAAUUAUUUUUAAUUUAUUUUUUUAAAGAAAUAUU